AUGGCCCGCCAGCAGAAAGAGGCGGUUGAUGGCGACCACCUCGCCGUGCCAGCCCCGAAGCACAGCGAACUCCUCGCUCCACGCAUCUUCAAGUCUGUGAGCUUCUCGGGCUCAACCUCGUCCAGCUGCCCAGUGCCCGAUGCCACUGUCAAGGACACGUCCGCCACGGGCUCUCGGCAGAAUCGCAGGCUUGGCUGUUCGCACCUGACCUCGAAUGCCGCCGCCACCUUCGACACCUUGCUGGCUCUUCCGGAGAACGUCAAGGCUGAUCCCCACAAACUCGCGGCCUUCAUCCACUCGGACAUGAUUCUCGCAAAGUCCGUGAUCACUCCCUUUGGUCACCGCCCGCUUGUCUAUGCCGAUUUCAUUGCCUCGGGCCGCCCCCUGGGCUGCAUCGAGAGCGUCAUCCGUGACCACAUCAUGCCCUACUAUGCCAACACCCACACCGAGACUGGACUGCUGGGCCGGCUCAUGACCGAGCUGCGCGAGGACGCAAGGACCAUCAUCAAGGAGUCCUGCUGGGCAGACUCGGCCAAGUUUGCAUGCAUCUUUGUGGGCUCGGGAGCAACCGGCUCGAUCCACCGCCUCGCCCAACUGAUCGGUGUCCCUGAGGCUGGAAGAGCCUCCGACCCGCUCAGGCCCUUGGUGCUCAUCUCGACUGCCGAGCACCACUCCAACAUCCUCGUGUGGAGAGAGAUGGGCGCCCAGGUCGUUGCCAUCCCCACCGAUAUCGCCACGGGCUUCAUUUCUCUCGACGCCCUCGAGGCCACACUCAAGGUACACACCAGCGGCACAUCCUCGGCCUCCAGGCUCAUCAUUGGCUCCUUCUCGGCUGCCUCCAACAUCGUCGGUGUCGUCCAGCCUGUUCACGAAAUCGCCCAUAUCGUCCACGACUACCAUGGCCAUGUCUUUUUCGACUACGCCUGCGCCGGUCCCUAUGCCAACAUCCAGCUCUGUCCACCCGACGUUCCCGCUUCCAAGUUCCUCGAUGGUGUCAUGAUCAGUCCCCACAAGUUCAUCGGCGGGCCCAACACCCCCGGUGUCCUGCUGGUGCGUCGCUCCCUGUGCCGUGGAUAUGAGGACAAUGCUCCCCCGAGCAUUCCGGGCGGCGGUUCGGUCCUCUGGGUCAACGCCUCGACCCAGACCUAUGUCCGUGACCUCGAGACCCGAGAAGAGGCCGGCACCCCCGACAUCAUCGGCGCCAUUCGAGCUGGCUUCACCUUCUUCAUCAAGUCCAUGCUCACUCCCCAGUUCAUCCUGGAGCGGCAGUUUGAGCUCUGCAGGCGUGGCCUCAAGUCCCUGCAAAGCAACCCAAACAUCCUGAUCCUGGGUCCACAGGACUCGUCCGAGAACCGUCUGCCAAUCUUCUCGCUCCUGGUCCGGUCGCCCAUCGCGGACGGCGACAAGAUGCUCCACCACCACUUCGUCAGCCGACUGCUGACGGAUCUCUUUGGCAUUCAGACUCGCAGCGGAUGCAGCUGCGCGGCGCCAUAUUACAUCGAGCUAACCAACAUGACCAGAUCCGAAGAAGAGUUCCUCCGCCGCACCUUCCUCACGGACCACCUCGAAUCCAUCAAGCCCGGAUUCGUGCGCUUCAACUUGAGCCACACCCACACCGAAGAGGAGAUCGAUUACAUCCUCCGAGGCAUCGAUUGGAUUGCCACCCAUGGCUACAAGCUGCUCCCGCUCUAUGACCACGAUCCUUCGUCCGGCAACUGGACGCCCCGCCUCAAGGACCCUUCGCCCAUGGAGGCCACCAUUGUCAACAAGGCUCUGCUGCUGCAAAAGGCCUCAUCCGCCACCAUUCCCAUGAGCCACGACAUGUUCACCCGCGAGGCCACGAUCGAGAUGCUGUCGUUCUGGUUCGAGCGAGGCGUCGUCGACGCUGAGGGUCUCAAACAAAGUGAGCGCUUGCAGCCAGUUCCUAUGAACAAGCGGGCCUCAUCACAGAAUCUAUGGUAUGCCGAUGGCAAAGACGCCGCCGCAUACAUUGCGUCACUCGGCCGUUCGGCCGACGGACGCCUGGUGCCGUUCAUAUGA